GCGCGCGGGCUCGAGGCUUUCGAGCUCGGUAGCUGUCAGUCGGUAAGGAGUAGAGUUCCCCGUAUAAGUUUAUGCGUAUUAGUUGUGAAUGAUCGCGUGCAAAUUCGCGUCAGUUUGCACGUUUUUCAUUCGUUCUCGUCGGUUAAAAUAUUCGCCACGAAUAUGUUGAAGAUCGAUGUUACGUCGCCCGCGUGAACGGUAAACAGUUGCGCGGGUGAGUGUGUUGUGUUCCAAGGGAGUGUCGUUAACCUCGCGUCGAGCUCGAAGAGUCGAGAUUCCCUCGCUGGAAAUCGCGCGCAGAUCCUGAACGAAGCUGUCAAUCUCGCGAACAUCGGUGCACGACGGUCGUUCGAUCAGAAUGUCGGCGUCGGCCGCAUCGUUCCCGGCGUCGCGACAGUGAGAACAACAGAUCCGGCCAGUGAACCAAGUGUCGACGAGGAAACAGCUCCAGGGUGAGCCGUUUUUCACGUUCAGAAAUUUAGAGACCACCGAGGAAAAUGGCGGACCUCGAGGCGGUGCUGGCCGACGUCAGCUACUUGAUGGCUAUGGAGAAGAGCAAAAGCACACCGGCCGCUCGUGCAAGCAAGAAAAUCAUUUUGCCCGAUCCCAGUGUGAGAAGCGUAAUGCACAAAUAUCUGGAAAAGAAGAAGGAAGUUAACUUCGAUAAAAUAUUCAAUCAAAUGUUUGGUGAGCAAUUUUCAAGUAUACUUUGUUAUCAUUUCUCCGUUCCUCUAAGUAUAGAAUACUCGUCGGAAGCGGUGUCCCACGUUCACAAAUAUCUUAUGAAAAACGAGGUUCCCGUUAAUUUGUUCGAGCCGUAUAUCGAGGAGAUUUUUAAUCACUUGAGAGCGGAACCGUUCAAAAAGUUUCUCGAGAGCGAGAAGUACACGCGAUUUUGUCAAUGGAAAAACCUAGAAUUGAACAUGCAGCUGACGAUGAACGACUUCAGUGUGCAUCGAAUAAUAGGAAGAGGCGGUUUUGGAGAAGUUUACGGGUGUCGAAAAGCGGACACGGGAAAAAUGUACGCGAUGAAAUGCCUUGACAAGAAACGAAUAAAAAUGAAGCAAGGCGAAACUUUAGCGCUCAACGAAAGGAUAAUGCUUUCGGCAGUCAGUACUGGAGUCGAUUGUCCGUUUAUAGUGUGCAUGACGUACGCCUUCCAAACGCCGGACAAACUGUGUUUCAUUCUGGAUCUGAUGAACGGUGGCGAUCUUCAUUACCAUCUAAGCCAGCACGGAGUGUUCAACGAGCGAGAGAUGAAGUUUUACGCGGCAGAAGUAAUAUUGGGAUUGGAACACAUGCACCGUAGAUACAUCGUUUACCGAGACUUGAAGCCGGCCAAUAUCCUUCUGGACGAGCAUGGCCACGUCAGAAUAUCGGAUUUGGGAUUGGCUUGCGAUUUCUCCAAAAAACCGCACGCAAGCGUAGGAACGCACGGAUAUAUGGCACCGGAAGUGCUUUCGAAAGGUGUAACCUACGAUUCCAGCGCCGAUUGGUUCUCGUUCGGUUGUAUGCUGCAUAAAUUGUUGAAGGGUCAUAGUCCAUUCAGACAACAUAAAACUAAAGACAAACAUGAAAUAGAUCAUAUGACAUUAACCAAGAACGUAGAACUGCCAGAAACGUUCUCACGAGAAUUGCGUUCAUUGCUGGAAGGUCUGCUACAACGAGAUAUCAACAACAGACUUGGAUGUCGAGGUGCAGGUGCGGACGAGUUAAAAGAACACCCGUUUUUCAGUGGUAUCGAUUGGCAACAAGUUUAUCUCCAGAAAUACACGCCACCGCUUAUACCGCCGCGCGGCGAGGUGAACGCCGCAGAUGCCUUCGAUAUCGGUUCCUUCGACGAGGAAGACACUAAGGGUAUCAAAUUGACGGAUGCGGAUCAAGAACUGUACAAAAAUUUCCCUUUAACCAUCUCGGAGAGAUGGCAGGCCGAGGUAGCCGAAACUGUGUUCGAGACAAUCAAUAACGAGGCGGACAAGUUGGAAAAUAAGAAAAAAGCUAAACAGAAACAGCGAUUCGACGCGGAUGAAAAAGGAUCUGAUUGCAUUUUACACGGUUAUAUUAAAAAAUUGGGUGGUCCUUUCGCGAGUGCGUGGCAAACGCGUUAUGCAAAACUGUAUCCUAAUAGAUUAGAAUUGCAUCCCGAGUCCACGACAAAGCCUGAACUUGUUUUUCUUGACCAGGUUGAGGAAGUUAGCGCGGAUUUUCAGCACGUGAAAGGGGAACAAUGUAUUGUCGUUCGUAUGAGAGACGCAAAAAUAGUACUUACAAAUCCAGAUGAGAUCAGUUUGAAAGAAUGGGCAUUGUCACUGAGAUCCGCGCAUAAAUGUUCAAUGGAAAUGCUGGGCAGUAUGGCAAAGAAAGCCGGUAAGAUUUAUGGGACUGAAAGAGACGCAGUAAUUCCGGCAAUGCAGCGCUCGACGAAUGGCAACUAGCCCUUUGCUAAUAUUUGUACAUCGUCAUCAUACUCCAGUCCCACUGCCCCCCAGCAGCAGCAGCAGCAGCAGCAACAGCAACAACAACAACAACAACUUUUUUUAUACUGAGAAUCAACGCAAGCAGAAGAAAUUCCAACGAUUGAACGAUCGAAUAAUUGGGAGGCGGUUUUUUUCUCCAGUCAGCAUCCCGGAACCAGAAAUAUUCAAGUCUCGAAACAGCUCCAAAGAAAAAACUCCCUUUGAACGGCGGGUAGUGUCACGCUGUAAUAGAGACUUUAGGAAGUAGAGUCGUACGAAACGUUACGUCAUUAUAUUUGUACGUUAGCUGUAUGUGCAAUGUGACGUAGGAACUAGCGACUGAACAAUGCCCAUCGACAUUCACGCGAGCACGCGCGCGCGCGACAGAGCACGCGUGUUCACGUAAAAAUCCACACGAGACACACAUGCAUGCACGCACACACGUACAUAUAUACACAAAAAAAAAAAACACGAAAAUGCAACCGGUAGUGUAUUAUUGUAAUAUCAAAUACGAAAUACGCCCAAAAUCCCGAUUAUACUUCUUCUACACACCCUUCUAUACCGCUCGUUUACUUAAUUUAUUUACUAAUGCAGAACGAUUUUAUAUUGUCGUUUUCGUAAAUGAUACACGCGCGCGAAUUCAUUUAUUUAUUGCGUUUAAGGAAUAAAAACAAAAAAGAGAAAAACUCGGACAGCUUGUACAUUGUCGACAACCAAUCGAAACUAGCUGUAAUUAAAAAAAGAAAAAAAGAAAAAGAAAAAAAAAGA